AUGCUGACGUUGGGGAGGGAUCCGAGAGGCGUGCAUGAAAUGGCCAGUCACAUGGAAGAUCUGAUUAGAACUUUGGGUGAUCCUUCUCAACGUGAUGACCUGAAGCUGAACACGCUGCAGGAAAUCAGCGAAAACUUGGAGAGCCUCAUUGCGAGUCCGGCUUACUCGCUCAUACUUGAAAAUUUGGUGAAGGCGUUCCUAAAUCUGUUACGAGACACCAACCCGCAGUUCAUCGGCGAAAAUAAUACACAGCAACUGCGCAAGUUGGUAUUGGAGAUGUUCUAUCGAAUGCCUUGCAGUGAACAACUAAAACCAUAUUCGAAAGUGAUCUUGCCUCUUAUGUUCAAGCUGGUUCAGAUCGAAAACGAAGAAAACGCCAUAAUUUGCCUUCGAAUCAUCAUUGAAUUCGAAAAACAGUACAAACCGCCUUUCACCACAGAGGUAGGAGAGUUAGAUUUGAUCGCUUUUUGAAU